AUGAAAGGAAGAAAGAAAGGAUGUUCCUUACCUUCAACCUUUAUCUUGCUGUUGGUCUUUUUCACUGCGUGUAAAACUACUGACCUAGAUGACAAUGAAGAAGAGUAUGUUCUGGGUGCUGCUUUGCCACCACUGAAACUAGGACAUUCAGUGUGUGCCAUGAAAGCAGUGGAAGGCCCAUGCAAAGCAAUCCACAUCCGUUAUUACUUCAACGUUCAAAGCCGUGAGUGCGAAAUGUUUGAAUACGGUGGAUGCCACGGCAAUGAGAACAACUUUCUAACACUGGAAGAAUGUCAGAAGAAGUGUGUGGUAACAGAAUUGCCUCAGAAGAUGAUGUUAACAAAAAUUAAGAAAGAAAAGCCCAACUUCUGCUUCUCUGAGAAAGACCCUGGAAUCUGCCGAGGCUAUUUUUCCAGGUAUUUCUAUAACAAAGAAACUAAGAUAUGUGAAGUAUUCAAGUAUGGUGGGUGCCUAGGAAACCAGAACAACUUCAGGACUUUGGAAGAAUGCCAGACUACCUGCCAAGACAGUUCAAACUUGCUGCCAAUUAUCCCAGCUGAAGAGCAUCCUAACACUGGGAACAGUAGCUCCCCAGAGCAAAAUCCCAACCAGUUUCCUGGGAUUUUGGUCAAUUUGUUGCCAACUGCUCCAAAUGACAAGUCCAACACUCUGAACAAUAGUUCCCCAAAGGAGGAUCGGAAACAGUUUCCCAUUUUUUUUGAACAACCCCCUGUCCCUUCUUUGUGUAUGGCCCCUAUGGACAAAGGACUUUGUAGAGCCAAAGAGUUAAGAUUUUUCUACAACUACUCAACUGGAAGAUGUCGCCCAUUUAGCUACAGUGGUUGUGGUGGGAAUGAAAAUAAUUUCACGUCCAGAAAAUCAUGUUUGAGGAUCUGCAAGAAAGGGUUCAAUAAAAGAAAAGGUGAAAGAAGAUUAAUAAAAAUCAAGAAGAAAAAAAAGAAACCAGUCAGUCAAGGAUCUGGGCGAGGAAAUAAUUCCUGA